GUGUCAAGUCCAUCUCCACACCAUAUCAUAUUAAUUAUCACAUCACCCACUGUUUCCACAGCCUUCCCCAUCUCCACAAAAAUGUCAUCGGCCAUAGUUGCAGGCUCAUCCUCCUCAUGCUCCGCCGCCUUCACCAGAACCACCACCACCGGAGCCCCCCUCUUUCCAUCUUCAAAACCCUCUGUUUCGCCACUCCCUCAGAAAAGCGCUUUUCAAGGGCUGUCGGUGCAGGAAGCCAAGAAGGGUGUCUCGCAUUGGUUCGUGGCUGAGAAUGGAGAGGCCCACAGCCGCUCGAGGAGGGGGCUUCAGAUUAGGGCGGCUAAAACUGCUGGCGCUUCCAAGACGGUUGAGGUCGAAGUUGAUAAGCCCUUGGGUCUCACGUUGGGCCAGAAACCUGGCGGUGGUGUUGUCAUCACUGCAGUAGAUGGAGGAGGGAAUGCAGCAAAAUCAGGGUUAAAAGUAGGGGACCAAGUUCUAUACACCAGCAGCUUCUUUGGUGAUGAAUUAUGGCCUGCAGAUAAGUUGGGAUUCACCAAAACUGCCAUUCAAGCCAAGCCUGAUUCUGUCUACUUUGUGGUUAACAGAGGCGCUGAUGUCGAUGUCAAACGUCUCCCAAAGCGACCUGCGCCACCUCGCUUCGGAAGAAAACUUACAGAAGCACAAAAGGCUAAAGCAACUCAUAUAUGCUUGGAUUGUGGAUACAUUUACACCUUAUCAAAACCUUUUGAGGAGCAGCCUGAAGGAUAUGCAUGCCCUCAAUGUGUAGCACCAAAGAAGAGGUUUGCAAGGUAUGAUGUGAACACAGGGAAGGCAAUAGGAGGGGGUCUGCCACCCAUUGGAGUCAUUGCUGGUUUGGUUGCUGGCGUUGCUGCUGUUGGAGCACUGCUUGUCUAUGGCCUUCAGUGAUCAUAAUAUCCAUUCCUUCUUCUCUAUGUUUCUUCUUAUUCUCAUUUUGUCCUGCACAUAUCUUCAUAAUAUCAAAUUAUAUUUGAUUAAACCAAGCUAGCGUUCUAAUAAUCGUUCAUUAGAAAUUUGAAAAUUUGUAUCUAAACAAUCACUAAA